AUGCCUGCCCAGACUCCCGCUCCGCGUCAGGAUCCAGCAACGGCUCUGGUCGCACAGGCUCCUCCUACACAGACUCCCUCCCCGCAUCAGGAUCCAGCAACGGCUCUGAUCGCACAGGAUCCUCCUACCCAGACUGCCGCCCCAUCUCAAAGUGCAGCCACGGCCCAGGUCAUGCAGUCUCUUGCCCAGACUUCUGCCGCUCCUGAGCCCCAAUCUCAUGGGCAAUCAGAGCUAAAAGACUCCGACAUGGAUGGCAAGGAUGAUGAUGAUGAUGAUGAUGAUGAUGAUGAUCCUAACAGUCUGGGUCAUAAUGAGAGAUUAGCUCUCAUCAGGGCAAUCUUGAACGCCCCCGAGGGGGAGCAUUUUCAAAAAACAUUUGAACGUUCGCUUCCGUUCCCCAUCGACUUCAAAAUUCUGCAGGCCCUUAUCCAUCCCGACAAAUACCAAGAUAAGGAUGAAAAGGAUCAGGCAAAGGUAGCUUUCCAAAAGCUGUUAGCAUGGCGCGAAAAGUCCGGGAAAUUGAUGCCAGGUGAAGCCGACAGACAUACCAAUUUCUAUCACGGGAAUGAUACAAACCACCCGGAACAACACGUUGAAGGAGAGCUAUCUUCCGGCCAUAAACAUUUACAUCACCUAGCAACCCCACAUCUCAAGGUUCUCUACUUUGCUUUAGCAAAGAACCCAAGGCUGAAUCCCUACAAUGUGGGCGAGCUGGAUACAGAUACUGAUGCCGCUGUCAAACACCUUAAUAACAUAAACGCCGGAAUCAAUGCAGAAAACCAAAAGCAGAAUAAGGACUCCGAGCUCGGGACCAUCCGAUACGUUGACUUGUUUGGAUUGUGGAGGCCCAUGUUUCUGCAACCUGAACUGAAGGCUUCACAAAUCACGGCAGUACGUGACUGGUGCCGGAAGUUUGACUAUCCAACCGAAUGGGCGGCAUUUGACACCCAAACAUCCUCUGCCAAUUUGCAGCCUCAUCCUAGUGGAGAUACGUCAGGAAACAGCAUUCAACUUUGGAAUUCUGCGGGUGGCAAAACACGUACUAUCGCUAUUGCGCCUAGGAAGACGACGCGCUCUGUCAACCCAGGCUAUACAUCGAGCGGUGAGAAAAUCCGUAUGAUUCAAAAUCUUGGAUUAUACAGUGCCCGCUUCGUGGUGGAGGAUGCCCAGGGUAGAUUGUGUCUUAGGUCAAGCGCCGCCGCUGGGGGAAAACCAGCAUUAGACGGAGCCAAAAUGAGUGGGGUUCCUUGUACGAUUCAAAAAGAUGAAGAAAUCGCGAACCUCCGCAACAAAGUCAGAGCGGGUGGUCAAUAUGGCCUCGAUUGGGUGGCCGUCGGCGAAUGGGACUCCACAAAGAAAGCCCUUCCAUUCAUCGUUGUUGGUUUUUGGCACCAAGGAGUCAAUGGUCUGCUGCAAGAGGCCGGCCUUUCUCGGGCUGCUCUCAGAAAGAUUCUCGCCCCUCGCGAGGCGGAGAGACUAAUUGCCGAGAGCAUGAUUAGCGAUCCCGACCUUUCUUUGAAGGAGGCGCUUUAUGUCAUUUGCCCUGAUACCAAACCGACAGCACCCUUGGCGCUUCCUGGUGCGAACAAUAUAGGCUAUCCUUGGUUCCAACCCAUGACUCAGCAACUUCCUCCUGCUUUGAAUGGGACACAAGGGCUUCCGUUUCAACAGCCGGCGACUCUUCCCCAAUCCCAGUGGCCAUUACAUCCAUUCGCACUUCAGGCCCAGCAGGCAGUUCAGGCCCAGCAGGCAGUUCAGGCCCAGCAGGCAGUUCAGGCCCAGCAGGCAGUUCAGGCCCAGCAGGCAGUUCAGGCCCAGCAGGCAGUUCAGGCCCAGCAGGCACUUCAGGCCCAGCAGGCACUUCAGGCCCAGCAGGCACUUCAGGCCCAGCAGGCACUUCAGGCCCAGCAGGCACUUCAGGCCCAGCAGGUGCACUAUCCCCAUUUAGGCUUCCAGCCUACAUACCCUCAUCAUCCGGAGACUUUCGCAGCUCCUCCUCAGCCUUUGUUUAAUUUUGCGAAACAGGUUCCCGCUAUGGCAACUCAAAUGCCACAGCCGGAAGAGGAACUAUGA